GAUUGGUCAAAUCUUUGAUGAUCUGAUCAUGCGGAACCUGUUGGUAGAAAAUUUCAAGCAUCGUUGAAGUGUUAAUGAUACGUCCUCGUCUCAUCAUCAUCGAGCGGUUAUAAAUUUAUCCGAGCUUAACAUCGAAUUUGAAAAAAAAAUUUCAAGCCAACAAUUUCAAGAGGUGAAAGCAAAAAAAAAUGGUGAAAAUUUCUUUAUAAAUUUUGGUCAUUUCUCAAAUACCUAUCUUAUGAUCCUUCCCUUAUGAGACACACUGGCAAUACUGAAAUAGUACGAUUUAAAAAAAAAAAACGGUACCCAUGGAACUGAAAAUCGAUUUUUUCAGUCUUUCUGCAAGAAUGUAAUUCUAUGGUUUUGAUCAUUUUGAGCUUUGAUGGAUUUUGAGUGUUGGCUACAUCGACAUUUUUUUGAACUAAAAGGCCGAUGGUCCAGAGUUUUGGGAUAUCUUUUCCUUGCAGUUCUGAAUUUGAGCAUAAAUCUGUCAAUCUUCUUUUUAUCGACUGAGGCUAAUAGAAGAAAGAUGAAUGUAAAUUUAAUUUACCAGAUCACACCUGACCUGACAAUUGAAAUCGUACUCGUACGAGAACUUGAAAAUAAUCCAACAGAUUACAAUAAACGGACAAAAACCGAAGAUGAAUUUAUCCAACCGACGUUGAUUUCAACCGCCAAUGGCAACACUGCACGAGUCUACCGCUUUCGAAAAAUCUUUCAUUUCGAAAUAACUCGAAUGGCGAACGUUCGCUAGCAUUUCAUUUCGGCGAGAAGGAAGUUCAAUCACAUCAUGCGCAUUCCACGCGAAUUCGAAUUCGUUUUGUGUACAUAUUUCGCGUACGAAUUCCGUUACUCGCUAUCAGUAAUCCACAAAUCCAGUAUUUUGGACGUGGUUUUUUUGUAGUUUACAAUCGAACUAAUGUGCCCUUUGAAUUAACGAACAUGUCUAUUUUUACAUCGGUCGUCGGCUGAAAUUCCAUUUGUAAUUUUUACCUGGAGAAGUAUGCUUGUUUUGGAUCAGUUUUAGUUCGGCAAAGUUUCCAAAAUGAGUAUGAAACUGAAGAAAAACGAUCUUCCGUUUUGGAAGAAGAAACUUUACCGACGAGUUCCUAUUUUAUCGUGGAUCAAAAGGUAUACGAUUGAUGACGCUGUCAGUGAUGUGAUCGCCGGUAUAACCGUAGGCUUGACGGUAAUGCCUCAGAGUUUAGCGUACGCCACUUUGGCUGGACUGGAUCCUCAGUAUGGUUUAUACUCCGCAUUCGCUGGCUGCAUCGUGUAUUGCUUAUUCGGUAGCUGUAAAGAUAUCACGAUCGGGCCUACGGCGCUGAUGUCACUGAUGACAUACCAACAAGUGGCUGGACGUAAUGCUGACUUCGCUGUUUUACUUUGUUUUCUCACCGGCAUUAUUCAAUGGCUGAUGGGGUUCUUUCAUUUAGGAGUAUUGAUUGAUUUCAUAUCGAUACCGGUUACCGUAGGUUUCACAUCAGCCACCUCGGUAAUCAUAGCGGUAUCUCAACUGAAAGGACUGCUAGGACUGAAGUUCGAAUCAAACGGCGGUUUUCUAGACGCUCUUAUCAACGUCCACAAGCACAUACACGAGACCCAAUGGACCGAUUGCAGUCUGGGAAUAAUUUGUAUCUUCGUUCUGCUAGUUCUAAGAAAAAUCAAGGAUAUAGCGAUGCGUAACAAUAAUCCGAACCAGACUGAUCAACAGCGUUAUAUUCGAAAAGCUUUAUGGCUUUUGUCCACCGCUAGAAACGCCAUCGUUGUGAUAUUGUGCUCGUUGGUGGUCUACAUUUACUACGAUCCGACCAAAAAGCCGGUUGUGGUUUUAACAGGUCACGUGAAAUCAGGCCUCCCUUCGAUCAGUUUACCGCCAUUUUCAACUAAUGUGGGUGAAACUCACUUAUCGUUUUUCAAAAUGUGUACAGAAUUGGGAUCGUCGAUUGUUCUAGUACCUGUGAUCGCUGUCCUAGGAAAUGUCGCGAUAGCUAAAGCAUUCGCCAGCGGUGACUCGAUCGAUGCUACUCAAGAAUUGUAUACUUUGGGAAUAUGCAACGUUCUAGGAUCUUUCUUCUCAUCUAUGCCUGUCACCGGAUCAUUCUCGAGGAGUGCGGUUAAUCAUGCUAGUGGAGUUAGAUCUCCCAUGGGAGGGUUGUAUACUGGUAUUUUAAUUUUAUUGGCUCUGAGCCUGUUGACGCCUUAUUUUUUUUAUAUUCCGAAAGCGUCGUUGGCUGCGGUCAUCAUCUGCGCAGUUAUAUUCAUGAUCGAGUACGAAGUGGUUAAACCUAUGUGGAAAUCUAGUCGUAAAGAUCUAAUACCUACUUUUGCCACGUUUGUCUUAUGUCUGGUAUUUGGAGUCGAACUGGGUAUUUUAAUCGGAGUUGGAAUCAAUAUAAUUUUAUUGCUUAUACCAUCGGCCAGGCCUUUCUUACAUUAUGAGAAAACUAGGACCACUUCAGGUCACGAAUUUGUAAUGGUGACCCCUGGUAAUAGUUUGUAUUUCCCAGCAGUAGAUUUCCUUCGUACAAAAGUAGGUAAAAUUGGAAUCAAAGAUGGAUAUUCUCGGUUACCAGUUGUGAUCGACUGUCGUCAUAUUUUAGGAGCUGAUUUCACCGCAGCUAAGGGUAUCAAAUGCCUAAUCGAAGAUUUCAAAAAACGAAACCAACCAUUGUAUUUUUAUAAUCCUCAUCCUCACGUUUUAGAAGUAUUGAAUUGCGUCAGUUUAGACGAUUUUGAUGAAAUAUCAACCAUGAAAGAUCUCGAUUUGGUUCUUCAAAAUAAAAAACGUAAAAGUAAACCGAACUCGAACCAACCAGUGACCAGUGACGGUGGCGAGGAGUGUUCGGUGUCACGCAGAAGUACUAAAUCAACCGACGCCGAUGAACCAUUACUUUUAAAUGGAGGAAACAAUAUCGAGUUGAAAUAGCGAAUUGUCUAUUUUGUUGUUUUUUUUUCAUUUUUCAGAAAAGCUCACGUAGAUUAUUUUUUAUUCCUAACGAAGUAUUAAAAUUUUCACUUUGUCCGCAAUAGAAGACUGAAGUAGGGAGGGGGGCGCAUAUUUUAAGAUAAAAACCUGAAACAGUAUUACAAAUAAUUCAAAAUUCAUCGCAGAUUUGCGAGGUGGUUUCUUUUCAUACUUCCUUUUGAUGUGUUCAGUAUUAAAUGGUAUUUCGCAUCCGUCGUCGUCUGAUCAAGUCGACUAUAAUUUUUUUUUAGGAGUUUUUUUACAUUUUAGUUUUAAUUUUAGAGUUUUAUUUUGUAUUCGAGUGUUUUUUUCUCUCUUUUAGAUUCUUUUUACUUUUUUUUACGAUUUGUUUAGAUAAUUAAUCAAAAUGUUUUUAAUCAAAUCAACGACGAUAUUUCUUUUUUGUAUUGAAGAUUAAAUUUUUGGAGUAAUUAUUA